AUGCCGCAGGCCAGGCGUAAGGCGCCUUUUAGCGGUAAAGCUAAGAAACAGCAGCUGCAAGCAAAAAAGAACAGGAAUCUGUUAUUGUCUUCAUCCACUGGCACCAACGCAUAUGACGUGGUCUCCGUUAACUACCAGCCUAACAGGUCGCGCGGUAGAGGCGAUGCAAACCGCUACGCCCUGAAGUUCUACCGGGAGACUGAGGAGGAAUUGAGGCUGAAGAAGGAAGAUGCCUUGAAAUCUCUGAAUCCAGUAUCAGAAGAAGCAAUGGAAGUGAACCCUUCAGAUUACUUCCCUGCUGAUAUAUCUUUCCCAAAACGUCCACCAUGGGACUUCAAUAUGACCGUCGCACAGUUGGAUGCCCAGGAACAGAAAUAUUUUAGGGAGUACAUAGAUCAGCUACAAGCAUCCGAUCACUGGAAGGACAUGUCCUACUUUGAGCUCAAUCUCGAGACCUGGAGACAAUUGUGGAGGGUGCUUGAGAUGUGCGAUAUAUUGUUGCUGAUCGUAGAUGUCAGAUUUGCUGGUAUGAUGUUCCCACCGUCUCUCUACGAAUAUGUGGUGAAUGAACAGAGGAAGGAUAUGAUUUUAGUCCUGAACAAGAUUGAUCUCGUGCCAGCCAGUGUUGUUGCAGCUUGGAAAGCGUAUCUGACUGAAAGAUAUCCAGGGUUGAGGGUUGUUUACUUCACAUCAUGCCCGGGGUAUAAUCUGAGGGGAGCCAGUAGUGAUAAGGCUGGCCUACAAGUGCGAAGACGCAAGGGCCGUCAACGCAUGUGUUCUGAAGGAGCCACUAAAAUAUUGGAGGCCUGUAAAGAUGUUGUCGAUGGUCAUGUGGACCUCAGCUCCUGGGAGAAGAAGAUCGCCGAGGAGACCAACUUGGAGUUUGAUGAUGACGAGCAGACAGAAGUUGGUGAAACAAUCAUAGAGAAAGCCGAUACUUCUUACUUCACUCACGAGAAAUACAAAAACGGGGUGUUAACUAUCGGGUGUGUGGGACAACCCAAUGUCGGCAAGUCUUCACUUAUGAACGCUAUCAUGGGGAAGAAAGUUGUGUCUGUAUCCAAGACGCCUGGUCACACUAAGCAUUUCCAGACAAUAUUUCUUACCCAACAGGUGCGUCUUUGCGACUGUCCAGGUCUGGUGUUUCCGUCGAAAGUGCCCCGUCCCAUACAAAUACUAAUGGGGUCCUAUCCUAUAGCGCAGCUGAGAGAGCCUUACACAACCAUAAGGUAUUUAGCGGAGAGAUUAGAUCUACCGAAAUUACUUCGCAUCAGUCAUCCGGAAAACGAUGACACAUGGUCACCCAGAGAUAUAUGCGAUGGGUGGGCCAAGAAACGUGGCUAUCUCACUGCUAAGUCUGCCAGGUUGGACACAUACAGGGCAGCGAACAGUUUACUGAGAAUGGCGUUGGAUGGAAAGAUUUGUCUAUGGCUACGGCCGCCAGGAUUCACAAAGCAAAGAGAAAAAUACGAGACCUGCGAAGAGAUAAAGUACGUAAAAUGGGUUCAAGCGCUCACAUAUGUCGAAGGCGAGGAGUCGGACGUGCAGUCGGACGACUCCGGACAUUCCGGAUCCGGACGUCACGAUUCCGGACGACAGAGUUCCGAACAGUCCGGAUCGGACUCCGAAGAUGAGAGCGACAGUGAGGAGCAAACCGCUGUCGCUAAUAAGUUUGCCGCCUUGGCUAGUGACGAAUGA